AUGAUGAUAGGCAGCCACAUCGAUGGCGGCCAGAAGGUGAAUCAGUUGAGCUUGGCCUACGCGCAGAAGCUGUGGAACGAGUGGGAGCUGCAAUGCAUGGUCCUUGGCAGCUUCGCCUUGCAGGCUUUCCUCCUCUUCGCAGCGCACAUCCGGAAGCGCAACACGUCCACCAUGCUCCGCAUCCUACUUUGGCUCGCGUACCUCAUGGCGGACUACGUCGCCAUCUUCGUCCUCGGCCACCUCACUCUCCAAACAAACGAUCCACGCCACCAGCUAGUGCUCCUGUGGGCACCGGUCCUGCUGCUCCACCUGGGCGGGCAGGACACCAUCACCGCCCUAUCCAUGGAGGACAAUGAACUGUGGAAACGCCACCUCCUGGGCCUCGUCACCCAGGUGGUUCUGGCCGUCUACGUCGUGGCCAAGUCAUGGCGCGACAAGCGGCUCCUGGCUCCUGUGGUGCUGAUGUUCGUCUCGGGGACUGUCAAGUAUGCCGAGAGGACAUGGGCGCUCAAGAUGGCCACCGCGGAGGCGAUCAAGGACAGCCGCAUGGGUGAUCUGUACAAGGCGCUGAGGAAAUUCGAAGACCCUAAAGGGAGACAAGCACCACAAACCUCGUCGGAGAUUGCCAAGUACAAUCAAGAGAUUGUUGGCCGGAACAAAUGGUGGCUCCAACAAGAGUACGCCGACCUCGUGCAAGCAGCCGGCGACAGCCUGCCCAACUGCAUCAAUGUCUUGAAUGACAUCCCUGUGGCGCCAUGGGUGUUACCUUCUAUAUUUAACAUGAUUGAGGAAAUAUAUCGGCGCGACAAUGGAGGAUCAACACAAGCAGGCGGAGGAGGAAAGGACUGGUUCUCAUCCAGGGCGUACAAGCUGUGUGAGCUCCAGCUCUCUCUCAUCUACGACCGCCUCUACACCAAGGUCGGCCUUCGGUACAACCAGUCCAGGCCAAUCAUCAGCAUUGGCCUUCAGCUCCUCACACUUGGCACCACUUCGACGGCCCUGGUGCUCUUUGCGACGGCGAGGAAGCAGGGCAGCGUGUACAGCCGUGUGGACAUCGUCGUCUCCUACAUCCUGCUGGCUGGUGCCGUGGCGCUGGAGUUGUUGUCCAUGCUAAUGGUCACCCUGUCCUACCGGUCAUACUGCUUCCUGCGCGACAGAUUCGGGGUGAACAGGUUCACACGAAUGAUAUUCUGUGUGAUCAGGUUCGUGCGACCAUACCACAAGCCACUGUGGUCCAACAAAUGGGCACAAUACAACCUGAUAGCCGGAUGCAUCAAGGAAAAGCAAGCCGGUGUCGUCGCAAGGAUGAUGCGCCGGAUUGGCCUCGCGGGGGACUCCAAGCUCUGCGCCAUCCCCGACGAGACCAAGGAGCUUAUCUGCAACGAGCUGGAUGACCAGGUCCGGUGCGAGCGGUUCAGCCAUGACCGAGGCACGGCAAUCCUAUCGCUGAGAGGGCACCAUGCAAGGUCUGAGCUGUACGAAAGCAUCGACAAGGUGGACUUCCCCAGAAGCGUCCUCACGUGGCACCUCAUCACGGACAUCUGCUUCUUCCUCACCGGUGGCGACGCCGGCCUUGCCAACCGCCACAUGAGGCUCUGCCGGGAGGUCUCCAACUACCUGAUGGACCUUGUCAUGGUGCGGCGCGUGAUGACCAGCAGCGAAGGCCACGUCGCGCACCUCAAGGCCAGGGAGGAGGUGAAGCUGAUGCUCGAGCAUCACAGUGACAAGAAGGUCAAAGUGGACGACGUCGAGGCCGUCAGGAAGAUGCUGGACGCCGGCGUGAGCCAUGCCACCGCCGCGUCCUCAGGGUACGUGCCGUUCGCGCGGAACUCGACGGACACCAUGCGGCCUGUGCUGCCCCGCGCGUGGGCGCUCGCGCAGACGCUGCUCCACCCCGCCGGGAGAUCAUCAGGCGGAGCACAGUGGGAGCUGAUCGCGUCGGUGCUCAUGGAGAUGCUGUUCCACCUCGCCCCCCGGUGCGAGGCCGGGUUCCACGCCAAGAACCUCAGCGCCGGCGGGGAGUACAUCACCCAUGUCAGGUUCCUGCUCCAUAACCGAGGCUUCGGCUGGAACUUCGUCCUUGCGCGCACCUGA